AUGAGGAUUUAUCUAGUUUUAACAUGCCUGUCUGUCACCUGCAUGAUCUUGUACUGCUUCAUUGCCAAUCAACAAAUCUCAUGGGAUAUCUUACCGAUGAAGAUGUGCAUGUGUAUGAACUGCAUAAACAAGGACGAGUGGUUCAUAGAGCACUACGACGGCCAGGUGCCAAAACUUAUGAACAGGAAUAACAGCAAUCUCAGCAGCAUCACACUUGACUGGUGGCUGAAGCUACAACCAUCAAAACGUAAAGUGAAAUACUGUGACAUUGUAGAGCCUUUGUUCUCACACUUCCCUGAUGGGGAACAUUACAAUGAUGCUGGUCCUGAUCGCUGCAGAACCUGUGCUGUGGUGGGCAACUCAGACAACCUGAUUGGAUCUCACUAUGGUCACCUAAUUGAUGCUCAUGAUUUCAUUUUCAGGAUGAAUCAGGGUCCCACCGUAGGGUAUGAGAGGGAUGUUGGUUUGAAGACAACGCAUCGAGCCAUAUACCCUGAGAGUGCUAUGGACCUGGACAACUCCACACAUCUGGUCCUGCUGCCAUUUAAAGUUUUAGACAUGAAGUGGCUCAUUAGUAUCUUCACCAAUAAAAACAUUACCCACACAUAUCGAUAUGUGAAACACACAAUAAAAGCAAACAAAGAUAAGGUCAUGAUCAUGAGCCCUGAGUUUAUGAGAUAUGUCUACACAAGAUGGUUAAAGAAACGGGGAAAAUAUCCUUCCACUGGGUUUCUCAUCCUCAUAUUGGCUUUGCAUAUGUGUGAUGAGGUGAAUGUUUUCGGAUUUGGGCCAAGGAAAGAUGGAAGAUGGUACCAUUAUUAUGACAAAAGGUAUCAUCACAAUAUGAACACAGGGAGCCACAAUGGGAGUGUUGAAUAUACCUUUAUGCUGGAACUUGAAAAAAGAAAUAAGAUUAAAAUCUAUAAAGGAUGGUAA